UGCAAUACAUGUAUGGCAUGAUUUUCUCAUGCUCACAAGUUCCCCUUCCAACGAAUGAUAACCAGUUCAGGUGAGUGGUAGACUUUUACCACGAACGGGAACGUUCUAUUUUAUGAAUUACUUCUGAAAUUGAAGCAGGCGUUUCUUUAACUCUGAGAUUUUGUAAGUAUUGAAUCUAUAAAUACUGAAGUUAAAAAGAACCAAAUAAAAAUCGUUUGUUAAGAUUGGAGACUCGAGGAUACGCCAGCCCAUACGCUAUAUAUCAAGGAUUGUUGAUCAUAAAAUAUAUAGCUUUUUAGGAGUUCCAACAACACACGCUUUGAGAUCGCACACCCCCAGAAAAACCUGUUGCCCAGUUUUUAAGCCAAUUUCUAGAUCAGCUUCGAUAUGACUGAACGUCUGGGUGACGUCGGCAGUAAAGUAAAAUAAAAAAUCUCAAACUCUAAACUAACCCCCUGAUGUCAAAUGGCUUAAGCUUUGUCUUUGAGGACCGAAAACACUAGUUUUUACGAAUUUUAUACUCACCAUUAAUAGAAAAAACGAGGUAAAUAUUUUUAAUUUUCUUCUAUUGAAAUUCUAAAAUAAAUUGAUUACGAAAUCCCAAUGACUGAACUGUUUCCGCAGUGUGUCCAUUUGGCGAUAAACGUAUUUUAAGCAGAAAUGGUUGUGUUCUUCGAAAAUAUACCCCGAAUUUCAUGGUGGUGCAAGCUAUACCUGCUGCUUGUAAUGGCUGUUGCCACUUGGUGGGUCGUUUCAUUGCAAAAAGAGCUAAGUGAACUACGAGAAGAAAACCGCCUUCUGCGACCAAUAGCGUUCCAGAAGCAAGGAUUCGUCUAUCAAAACUCAAAACCCCUCGACAAAGUUGCCAUGACAGAAAUGGACCAAGAAGACGAGGCUUUGGUUCGAAUCGUCCGCGACAUGUACCUAAUACCACCAGCUACAAUAGGAUAUAACCUGUCAGAUCCCAAAACCAGAGAUCACUCAAUGGGCCAGGGAGAAAAAAUAAGACAGACGUUAGGGGAAAUGAAGGGUGGAUUUUUCAUCGAGUGCGGCGCUUUGGAUGGAGAAACCCGCUCCAACUCUCUUUACUUUGAGCGUUUUCUCGACUGGAAAGGGCUUUUGGUCGAAGCUGAUCCUCUCAACAUACAAGAAGUUGUACAAAAAAGGAGGAAAGCGUGGCUAGCGCCCACUUGUCUUAGCCUCAAAAGAAAGCCGCAACUGGUAAAAUACAUGCAAGCGAGGAAUAUUGGUAGAAUACUGGGCACUAAGGAGCACGAUAAUUUUAAAGGAUCGUUGACGGAUCUGCUAUGCAUUCCGAUCACUACUCUACUUUUGGCCCUCGAUAAAAAACGAGUAGACUACUUCAGUCUAGACGUUGAAGGAAAUGAACUCGAUGUUCUACGCACCAUAGACUUCAACAAAUUUGACAUACGCACGCUUUCAGUCGAGUUCAGCAACAUAAAGGAGGGCAAAGAUGCAUUGCUGCGCCACAUGAUGGAAAAUGGUUAUAUUCUUCAUAGCAAUGUGACUAGAUACGACAAUCUUGCCAAUGAUUUCAUCUUUGUUAAAAAAUUAUUUUAGUCAGUUGAACGAUAAAAUUGCUUAAAAGCUGACACAUAUUGUUUUGCGUGGAUAUUAUGCUAAACUGAAUUUUAAUACAUCGAGGGACAGGCACAUUUUGUUAUAAAUUAGUGUUGAUGAUACAACUGAGUACUAUUGUGUACCCCAGAUAAAACAAAACUUUACGAAAAACAAUAUAAUCAAGAAAUGACAGAAUUAUUUAAAAUAUAUUUUAGGAGUUGUUGAGACAUGAUAAAAAUGGCUAUGACAAAUCCUAUCAAUGUGAACAGAAUGGACAAUCAAGUCAAAAAGACUUUGUAUUUAUAAAACGAUAUAUUUAUCCAAAAUUUGCGUUAGUAGUUUAAUUUAUUAUUGAUUGUAACUCUCCUCAAUAUAUGCUAUUGUGAAUUAAAAACUCUACUUACAUUGACAGACAGA